UUAUUUAUCAUCUAGACAAUGCUCUCAUUUAUGAAUAUCUUUUCUCUCAGACAAACUGAAGGACCAACUGGCCCUCUGAUUGCUUCCUCGAACCCAGAAUAUAUAAGUGCGAAUGAUGUGUAUAUCCCAGACGAAUGGGAGGUGCCUCGGGAGAAGAUCAGCGUUUUAAGAGAACUCGGUCAGGGAUCGUUUGGAAUGGUGUACGAAGGCAACGCUAAAGACAUCGUCAAGGGCGAACCGGAUACACGAGUGGCCGUUAAAACCGUCAACGAGUCGGCGAGCCUGCGCGAGAGGAUUGAGUUCCUCAACGAGGCUUCGGUCAUGAAAGCCUUUAGCUGCCAUCACGUGGUCCGCUUGCUUGGUGUGGUAUCUAAGGGGCAACCGACAUUGGUCGUCAUGGAACUGAUGACACACGGAGAUCUGAAAAGCUACCUGCGUAGCCUGAGACCUGAUGCUGAGAAUAACCCAGGUCGCCCGCCGCCAACCCUGAAGGAGAUGAUCCAAAUGGCAGCUGAGAUAGCAGAUGGCAUGGCGUACCUCAACGCUAAGAAGUUCGUCCACAGAGACCUCGCUGCCAGGAACUGUAUGGUGGCUGAUGAUUUCACUGUGAAAAUUGGAGAUUUUGGCAUGACGCGAGACAUCUACGAGACCGAUUACUAUCGAAAGGGAGGAAAAGGCUUAUUGCCUGUAAGAUGGAUGGCGCCAGAGUCCCUAAAAGAUGGCGUUUUUACCGCUCAUUCAGACUGCUGGUCUUUCGGAGUGGUGUUAUGGGAGAUCAGCACGCUUGCCGAGCAGCCUUACCAGGGACUGUCCAAUGAGCAAGUGCUCAAGUUUGUCAUGGACGGGGGCUACCUGGACAGACCGGAGAACUGUCCAGAGAGAAUGCACAACCUCAUGCAGAUGUGUUGGCAGUACAACCCGAAGAUGCGGCCCACCUUCCUCGAGAUCAUCGAGAUGAUCAAGGAGGACCUGCACCCUACUUUCCAAGAGGUCUCGUUCUUCUACAGCGAGGAGAACAAACCUCCCGAGAGCGAGGAGUUCGACAUGGACUUCGAGAACAUGGAGAGCAUACCACUGGACCCCUCAUCCUAUUCCCAGCGCGAGGAGAGCCUCAGUAGAGACAACGGCCCCUCGGUGGGCCUACGGGGCAAUUACGAGGAGCACGUGCCCUAUACGCAUAUGAACGGUGGAAAGAAAAACGGCCGAAUUCUGUCUCUACCCAGAUCUAGUCCGUCCUAACAUUCGCUUCAGCUUUUUCUCUUCGUUUUUUUUAUUUUUUAUUUUUAAGAAAAGUUUUUAAAUGCGUUAUUUUUGCAGAGGCCCUUAAAAGAUACAGAUCUCAGGUCUUUUUUUUGUUGUCGUCGUCGUUGUUGUUUUCGUCUCACGGCUACACUAGUAGGGUCACAACGAAAACGGACGUUAUUUCGCCCGUCAUCCGACGCACCAUUCGCUUUCUGACACUUUUACACUUUUGCCAAGUUUCCAAGACAGUUUGGUUGGGAGGUGGGGAAAAGCAAACUGUGAACAUGACUAAAUCAACCAGAAAAGCUGCUUCGGCUACGCCACCUCAAAGUCCACUUCCUUCUCCCUUUGGAUGCGUAUUUCCUGUCUCUUUCUCUAUUUUUUAUUCAGUGGAAAUCUUUUAAGAUAGUGGCCUUUUAUUAAGUGGCCUAUAAAAAGAGAAGCGUCUAUCGAUGCUUGUGUUAAUUUCUUUAGAACAAUGACUUUACAGUGUGGAACUAUGGGAUGGCUUAUUCUUUUAGAACAAACCUUUGUUUUGUAGAGGAAUGACUUUUAUUUUGUCCUGGAGAAUUCCUGAAUUCACUUAGAUGAUAUUCACGUGGUGUUCUGGUGAAUGAGGUUUAACUUAUUUGCUUUAUUUUUAUUUUUUUUUCUCUGAGCUUUUUACUCCUGUGUCCUUUUUUACUGGCUGAAGGAUAUUUAACGAAUUGGACAAAAGAGUUCCUCAGACUGACCAAUAGCUGCUGCUCUGAUAUAUAGUGGGUA